UUUUAACGGGUAUACCAAAAAAAGGUUCUAUAUUUCUCCACUUAGAUUUCCACUCAUGCCCGACCUCCUGACAAUUGAUAAUGAACAAUGGGGAGGAUACUGUGCUGCAUCUGCCAAGCUACGCCGAUCGCUAUACGGACAUUCCCCGUCUCAUCCGAUUGAAGUUCAUAGCUCAGGUCUGUCCGCAACUAAGUGUUCCUGCCCUCGAGUUGGCCCUCAAUCAUGUGAAGACCACCUACAAUGUCAAGUUGUACGACGAGCUGUACAAAACGCUCUGCGUUGAGGUGGGCAGGAAAAACCCCACGCAGCCCAAGGGAAAAGAACGUCGUGCAAUCGAUGGCAACGAGGCGAGUACGUCGAGUGGCAGGGGUAGAGCUGUGGUGCCCUAUGAUUUCUACUGGGUGGAGGACAACACCAUGGAGGCCACGCUGAUGCUUCAGGAACUAGACGCCGAACUGAACUUCAAGAAAUCGAAUUCGGGCAGCUCCUAUGUGCGGCGCAUUCUGGAGGAGAUCGGGGAUCAUUACGAGAAGAGUGGAAACCUGCAGAUGGCAGUCAAGUUUUAUGCGCGAGCCAGGCCCUACAGUACCAGCAGCGAGAAUGUAAUCAACAUGUUCCGGAACCUGAUUAGGGUCUCUAUUUACAUGGACAAUUGGUGGCACGUACUCACCUACAUCGAUGAGGCCAAGCAGUAUGCCUAUGGAUUCGAAAAUCUGGCCCUGGAGGUUCCAGGACGUCUGAGCUGUGCCGCCGGUUUGGCUCACAUGGGCCUAAAGAUAUACAAAUCUGCAGCCCAAUAUUUCCUGAACACUCCGUUUGGGCGGUACGAUUACGAUAAAAUCGUGGCCCCAGAGGACGUUACUCUAUAUGCUGGUCUUUGCGCACUAGCCACUUUCGAUCGAGAUAGUUUACAGCUGCACGCCAUCAACUCAGAAGCAUUUAAGCCAUUCUUUCAGCUGUCGCCCAAAAUGUGGAACAUAUUGGCCAAGUUCUACGCCAAUGAGUUCGAUUCCUGCAUGAGCCUGUUACGCGAAAUCGAAGAUCAUGUCAGGCUGGAUGUUUAUCUGUCUCCCCAUGUCAAUGUGCUUUACGACAUGAUAAUGGGCAGAAUGACGAAGAAACGAAACAGGGAAGUUAUGACAGAAUCUUUGAAAAAACAUCAAUUAAAAUAAGUAUUAUGCCUUUUUGAAUAUAAAUCAAAUUAAAUUCGAACACAUAUUUGAAUUUCAAGGACUCUAUUUAAAGAACCUGUUCACUUUACAACAAAU